AUGGGUAAUGGGCGCUCAGCUAGCUUCUGGUUUGAUGUCUGGACUCCCUUGGGCCAGCUAAUCAUGCAUCUGGGACCUCUGGGUCCGAGAGCUCUGCGCAUUCGAAAGGACGUUGUAGUUGCUGAUGCAACUCGAGGAUCAAAUUGGGAUCUACCUCAUCCUAGAUUGCAACAGGAAGUUGCUCUUCACUCUUAUCUCACCACUAUUUCAUUGCCGUUAUCUACUGAGUGUGAUGAUAUGUUUGAAUGGAUUGCUGGUGAUUCCUCCUUAUGUACUUUCAGGUCAGCUACAACGUGGGAAGUACUGCGUCCUAGGGAGGAGACCAAGGACUGGUUUGAUGUCAUAUGGCUCAAAGGUUCCGUCCCGAAGCUCGCCUUCACAAUGUGGGUUGCUAAUUACGACCGCCUCCCCACCAGAACCAGGCUUGCGUCUUGGGGAGUUCCGAUCUCCGCUGAUUGCCCAAUCUGCUCUAGAGACUUGGAGACUAGGGACCACAUCUUCUUAUCCUGUGAUUACAGCUUUGAAGUCUGGCGAGAAGUUCUGAUCCGGUGUAAUCCUCCCACCUCUAGGUUCACAGAAUGGUCUGAGCUUCUAUCUUGGAUUCGAGCUGCUACUUCGAAGGAGCUAAGGCUCUUAAGGAAAUUGGCUACGCACACAGUGAUCUUUCACCUAUGGAAACAUCGAAAUAAUCUCAUCCAUAAUCAGACUUCCCUGUCUGUGACAACUGUAUUCCAUAGCAUUGAUAGAGAGAUGAAGAAUAUUAUCUCAGCUAACAGGUACCGAAAGAGUUUAUGUUCCCUUAUGGCGUUAUGGUUGAGAUAA